AUGGAUAAAAUACUGGGUAUAUCUUUGAAAUCUAAUUUAACAAUAGACUUAAAUGAGUUAUGUUUCAAGAAGAAUUUAGUCGGUCAAACAAAAAAUUAGAUUAAAUAUAAUUUUAGUUAAGCUAUUCCAAAUCCAUCAAAUUUAUCUUAUGUAAUAGUAAAAUCAUUAAAUAUAAAUGAUGUAAAGUCUGAUCAUAGUUGA